ACUCUCUCUCUUCUGUGUCUCUCUAACUCCUAAAACUUCUCCUUCUACACUUCCUUGCUUUGCAUCUAACUGUCAACAUUUUAUUUUAACUUUCUCCCUUUCUUUCCUUUCCCCCCUUUCACUGAUCCACAUAGUGCUAGCUAGACUAGGGUGAAAUCAGCAAAUCAAACCCCUCCAAUCCUAACCUCUCAUCAUAUCCUUGCAUGGUUAUAUAAUACCAGCUUCCUUUUGGCUUUGUGCAGCUAGAAGUUAUUAAUAGUUACAAUGACGAGGGCGAAGAUCAAGAUAAAGAAGAUCGAUAACAUAACGGCGAGGCAAGUAACGUUCUCUAAGAGGAGGAGAGGGUUGUUCAAGAAAGCUGCAGAGCUUUCUGUGCUAUGCGAUGCUGAGGUUGGACUCAUUGUUUUCUCAUCUACGGGGAAGCUCUUUGAUUUUAGCAGCUCCAAUAUGAAUGACAUAAUCACAAGGUAUAAUACGCACUCCAAUGGCAUCACCAAAUUGGACAGGCCUUCACUAGAGUUGCAGCUGGAGGCUAGCAAUAGCGCCAAGUUGAGUAAGGAAAUUGCAGAUAGAAACCAAGAACUAAGUUGGUUGAAGGGCGACGAUCUUGAAGGACUAGGUCUAAAUGAGUUGCAGCAACUGGAGAAAACACUUGAAAUGGGACUCGACCGUGUGGUUGAGUUUAAGGGAAAUCAGAUGAGGAGUCAGAUUGCUGAACUUCAGAAAAAGGGAAUCCUGUUGGAAGAAGAGAACAAGCAUUUAAAGAAAAAGCUAGUGGAGAUUGAGAUGGAGGCUAUGCUGCGUAAAGCAAAAAUUCCUUUCCUGGUGGAGUCAGAUAUGGGAAUGCAGGAAGAAGGAGUUUCAUUAGAGUCUACAAAUAACAUUAGCAGUUGCAUCAGUGACCCUCCUCUUGAGGAUGGUUCAUCGGACACAUCUCUUAAGUUAGGGCUACCCUUCUCUAACUGAAGAUGUUACAUGAUCCAAGAGUCUUGCCUCUUUGGGGCGUCAUUGGUUUUUCUUAAAUCUGUACCAAUAUGUUUGUUGGAUGUGUGUAGAAGGGAGAAAUGUAUUAAAAAGUAAAAUGUGUGAUUAUUGAUUAAAAAUCAAUGUAAUAUAUUUUAAUAAUUUUAUAAUGAUUAUAUAUUUGCAUGCGAUUAUGUAA